AUGUCUGCUCCUGCUGCUUUCUCCGACAUCGCCAAGGCGGCCAACGAUCUCCUGAACAAGGACUUCUACCACAACAGCGCCGCCAACCUCGAGGUUAAGUCCAAGGCUCCCAAUGGCGUCACCUUCAACGUGAAGGGCAAGUCUGCCCACGAGGGUCCCAUUGCUGGCUCCCUCGAGGCCAAGUACGUUGACCAGCCCACUGGCCUUACCCUCACCCAGGCUUGGACCACUGCCAACGCCCUCGACACCAAGCUCGAGCUCGACAACAACAUCGCCAAGGGUCUCAAGGCUGAGAUCCUGACCCAGUACCUCCCUGCCAAGCAGUCCAAGGGUGCUAAGCUCAACCUCUACUUCAAGCAGCCCAACCUGCACGCCCGUGCCUUCUUCGACCUCCUCAACGGCCCCUCCGCCAACUUCGACGCUGUUCUCGGCCACGAGGGCUUCCUCGUCGGUGCUGAGGGUGGCUACGACGUCCAGAAGGCCGCCAUCACCAAGUACUCCGCUGCCGUUGGCUACAGCGUUCCCCAGUACUCCGCUGCCAUCACCGCUGGCAACAACCUGACCGUCUUCUCCGCCAGCUACUACCACCGCGUCAACGCUCAGGUUGAGGCUGGUGCUAAGGCUACCUGGGACUCCAAGACCGGCAACUCCGUCGGCCUUGAGGUUGCCAGCAAGUACCGCCUUGACCCCUCUUCCUUCGCCAAGGCCAAGAUCAACGACCGUGGUGUUGCCGCUCUGGCCUACAACGUUCUCCUCCGCCCUGGUGUUACCCUCGGCCUUGGUGCUUCCUUCGAUACCCAGAACCUGAACCAGGCUGCCCACAAGGUUGGCGCCAGCUUCACCUUCGAGGCUUAG